AGAAGCCUUGCCCCCCCGGAGCUGUCGUCACUCAGCUGCAGCUCGCUUUCGCAGAGCCUCCAGCCUGUUGUGGAAAAGCUCAGCUGACCGACAGCUGAUCGUUGCCGUUAGUCUGGUAAACCGACACCUGUCCGCCGCCUCACGGUCCACAUUAUGCGCCUGUUGGAAGUCCUGCUGCACUCCUCUUCGGACAUGAAGAAUAAACCCAAGCGGAAUGUGAAGGCACCGGUUCCUGACCGCUUUGACAUGUCCAGCUUCGAGGUUUCUCUGCAGCAACUCAACGAACUGCUGACGGACGACAGCGGCUUGUACAGCUGGCCCACUAAACACUUCCACGAGGUUUAUCCACGGAUCUACAUUGGCAACGCAUUUGUGGCGACAAAUGUCCUGCGCCUCAAGCGUCUGGGCAUCACUCACAUCCUGAACGCAGCAGAGGGAAACUCCUACAUGCACGUCAACACCAAUGCAGACUUAUAUGCCGGCUCAGGAAUCAUGUAUCACGGCAUACCAGCCAGCGAUACUGACCACUUUGACAUCAGUGUCUACUUCGAAGAGGCAGCAGACUUUAUAAAGAAAGCCCUGGCAUAUAAAAAUGGAAAAGGGAAAGUGUACGUCCAUUGCAGGGAAGGCUACAGCCGCUCACCUACCUUGGUCAUUGCUUACCUAAUGCUUCACCAAAACAUGGACGUCCACACCGCUCUGGCCAUGGUGCGACAGAAAAGAGAGAUCGGACCCAACGACGGCUUCCUUCGGCAGCUCUGUCGGCUAAACCAAAGGUUGGCUGCUGAGGAGAAACUGGAACAAAUGAGUGGCACAAGUAAAAGAAAUGUAUCGUGAGAAAACAAAAUUAUGUUGACAAAGUAGCAUAUGGCUAACUUUCCACUUGUUCUAGGCUUGAAUGGGCCACAGUCCUGUGAAGUAAUGCUUUGAACCAAAUGAAAGGGAACCUUCUCACUGAGGGUGACAGCAGUAACUGUACAGAGCAGAUUACCACAUCCCACACACUGGCUCAUUCACUAGGCAAUUCACCUGUUCCUUUAAGAUCAUGUAAAGAAUCUUCUCAAUGUAUCUAUUCUUGCAGUAAGAAUUUCUAAUCUUCUUUCAGGCUUCAGCAACAUGUACACACAGUUUUAAAUAUAAGUAACAGUUAUGAAGCUCUAAUCUUAGGUUUAUAGCCGUCUGCUUUACUAUAACAAAACAGAAAAAUGAGAAAAUUGGCUAUUUAUUAUUUAUGAUGAUUUAUGGCUUCUUGGAAUUGUAGAAAUGUUGGUGCAAAAAAAAAAGAAAACCCUAAAGAAAUACUAGAAAUAGACUUUGUACUGUGAAUAACUUGAGCAACAGUUGUGUGAGUUGGCAAGGAAUGACCCGUUUUAAUGAACAUAGCUGAUAACUCGUUUAACAUAGAAUAGGUUAAAUAUUGUUACGCAUUUUCUGAAUAUCAUAUUUAUUAUGGUUUAGUAGUUAUUUAUAACGUUCAGUAUAGUUUGCUGUAUGUUCUUGAUGCUUAACAUUUCAGUUAAUAGGCAUUUAUGUAUAGUUAUUGUGAGUAGUGAGAAAAUGGAUUGUGUUACUCUCACAUCUAGUCCAAUUUCUCCACCCUUCUAGCCAUGGGUCCUUCGUUCUGGCUCCUGUCCUGCAAACACUGCCAACUGUCUCAGUCACAGGCUCUCUCACUGUGAUUUUUCAUGUUAAAUCAGGAUAAUUUUAGAAAACUAGAGGA